UCGUACCUGCAGGCUGCAGCCCGCGAUGCCUGCGCCGCCGCCGCUGCCGACCUUCGCUCGCGCGCUGGCCGACCUCCUCGUCGCGCUCUCCGGCGCCCGCGCGCUCCCCAAGGGGCAGCAGCUCCACGGCCAUCUCCUCAAGGCCGGCCACCUCCCCGCCACCGCUUCCACCCACACGCUGCUCGCGCACCACCUCAUCACCUUGUACGCGCGCUGCGCGCUCCCGGACCUCUCCCACCGAGCCUUCCUCGACCUCCCCUCGCCGCCCUCCCCGGCGGCGUGGUCAUCCCUCAUCUCCUCCUUCUCCCAGAACGGCCUCCCCGCGUCCGCCUUCGACGCGUUCCGCCGCAUGCUCGCGGCGGGCGUCCCCGCCACCGACCGUUCCAUCCCCUCAGCCGCGAAGGCCAUCGCCGCCGCCAAAACCUCGUCGCGCCCGCCGUUUGCCCCUCACGCGCUCCACGGUCUCGCCGCCAAGACGCCAUUUGCAGGCGACGUGUUUGUUGGAUCGGCGGUUCUCGACAUGUAUGCUAAAUGUGGGCACCUUGCAGACGCCCGCCGGCUAUUCGAUGAAAUGCCGGAGCGGAAUGUUGUCUCUUGGUCCGCACUCAUCUGUGGGUAUGCUGAUGCUGGGAUGCACCCUGAAGCAAUGGUAAUGUUCUGCUUGGCACUUGAGGAGGCUGUUGCAGUGAAUGACUUCACAGUUUCGUCCAUCAUCCGUGUAUGUGCUGCAGCGACACUCUUUGAGCUUGGAGCCCAGGUGCAUGCUAGGGCUAUAAAGACAGCGCUUGAUGUGUCACCCUUUGUGGGUAGCUCGCUCAUUUCGCUUUACUCAAAGUGUGGGCUCGUGGAGUGUGCUUACCGGGUGUUUAGUGAAGCGCCUGAGAAGAACCUUGGAAUUUGGAAUGCAGUGCUAAUUGCAUCUGCUCAGCAUGGGCAUACAUCGGCAGCAUUUGAAAGGUUUAUGGAGAUGCAGAGCACUGGGUUCCGGCCCAACCACAUUACCUUCCUGUGCUUGCUCACUGCUUGUAGCCAUGCUGGUUUUGUUGAUGAAGGGAAGAGAUAUUUUGCCCUUAUGAAAGAGUACGGCAUUGAACCGCAGUCUGAACAUUAUGCGGCAAUGGUUGACCUACUUGGUCGUGUAGGAUGUAUAGAAGAAGCAUUUGACCUUAUUGAUUCCAUGCCUAUGGAACCACCUGAGUCUGUUUGGGGUGCACUCCUUAUGGCAUGCCGUAUGUUUAAGGAUGCUGACACUGCAGCAAUUGCAGCACAGAGGCUGUUUCAAACUGGGUCUCGCAGCUCUGGCGCACAUAUGCUCUUGUCAAGUACAUACGCAGCUGCAGGAAGGCAUGCUGAUGCGGCACUUGCUAGGAAAGCUAUGCGUGAUGCAGGUAUACGGAAAGAAACUGGACUUAGCUGGCUGGAGGCUGCAGGGAAGGUGCAUACCUUUGUGUCGAACUGUAGGAGACACCAAAGAAGUGAGGAAAUUUACAGGGUGCUUGAGAAAGUUAGUGAGAAGAUGGAGGCAGCUGGUUAUGUGGCAGAUACUAGUGCAGUGCUUAAGGAUGUGGAUGGGGAUGAGAAGAAAGUAGCAGUGAGGUAUCACAGCGAAAGACUAGCAAUUGGGUUAGGUCUUUUGAUUGUUCCAGAAGGUGUGCCGAUCCGAGUUAUGAAGAAUCUGCGUGUGUGUGAUGAUUGCCACAAUGCAAUUAAGUAUCUAACUAAGUGCACAGGAAGGGUUGUGGUUCUCAGGGAUAAUCGCCGGUUUCACCGAUUUGAAGAUGGGGUGUGUUCUUGUGGGGAUUUCUGGUAACAUCUUCUCUUUAAUAUGUUCUUGGAAAAUUUGCUCUAUGUGGAUUCAUCUAGAAGUUCAGAGUAUUUUGAAAAAAAAGCAUGAUACUUGGACAUGGCAUGCAAUCUUGUACUCGGAGGGUCCACAUGGCACCAAGACAUUUGCUCAAUAUUCUGGAGCACGCAUUUGGACAGUACAAGUAGCAUGUUCUGCCGAAC